AUGUUCAUCGCUAGUUAUUUUGAUCGAAAGGAUACACUCCAAAUAAAGAAAGAAGAGAAAAACGAAGAUGAGUACAGACAAAACAAUAUUGAAAGGGUUUUAAAAAAUGCGAUAUCCUAUAAGGAAAAAAAAAAAAAAAAAAAAAUAGAAGACACUGAAAAUACCAAAGAGAAAAUAAAACAAGUGUUAUCAAUUUUUUUAAAAAAACAAUUAAAAAAAAGAAGCAAAAAGAAUAUUUAUUUUGGGAAAAAAAGUUGUGAUGAUAAAAAUGGGAUAAACGAAACAUAUCGAAAGGUAUUAUUUAAUCAAAUAUGCAUCAAUGGUUAUGGGAAUAACACAAAUGAAAACAAAACAGUUAAUAUAUUCUUAAAAAAUAAUAAAUAUUUAAAAUACUGUUCUGGUAAUAUACUAUUACUUGGACAAUAUCUUAACAGUGACAAGUUAAAAGAUAUAAAAAUUGAACAUAUUUAUAAAAAUGUUGACAUAUAUAUAUGUGAUAGCAAAUCCCAAAUUAGUAAAAUAAAAACACAACUAGAAAUGGAAGCAGGGCGUGAAAUAAAAAUUGAAAAUGAUAAUUUACAUAAAAUAUAUUAUAUAAAAAAAGAAUUAAAAAAUAACCAAAUAGUUGAAGAAAGUAAUAACACAAAUAUAAUUGAGCAUAUGAUAAAAGAAAUAAAAAUAAUAAAAAAAUUAAAAAAACAAAAAGAAUAUCUUAUUUCGAUAAAAAAUACAUUAAGUAAUUUAGAAAAAGCAAAAAAAUUUGCAGUUAAUAGAAAUUAUGAUAAUUCAUUAUACCUAAUUUUAGAUGUUGUUAAAAAAAUACACAUUUUUAAAACAAAUACAAAAUGGGUGAUAAUUAAAGAUAUACAAUUUAUUAUAACAUUAAUUUCACAAUAUUAUUUUAAUAAAAUCAAGUUAUUAUUAUCAAGUAUACAAUGGGGAAACAAUAUUUCUCAUGUUUCUAUUGAUGCACUUGAAGAAAUUAUAAAUAACAUGAACGGGCUAAUUGAAAAUCAAAUUGAUAAGGAAAUUGUAGUAUCAGAAAAUCGAAAGGAAGAUACAACAUAUAAUACUGGACUCGACCCUAUGAAUAAUAUCCUUAACUUAGAUACUCUUUCUGAUAACUUUUCUAUUAUGCCUCCAAUGUACAAUAACAAUACGGAUGAUAAACCCGCAUAUCUGCUUGAAGAAAAAUUAAAAAAAAAAAAAAAAACAUUUAUAGAUUCAAUUAAUAGUUCAACCAUAUUUAAUGAUGCAUACAUUUCAUUGAUAAAAAAAGAAAGCUUUGAAUUUGUCAACAUAAUAUUUAGUUGGCAUUUAAUUGAAAAAAUACAAACCUAUAUAAAUAGACAAAAUGGAAAUAAAAAACCCAGCAGUAGUAAUAGUGAUAGUAAUGAUAAUGAAGAUGCUCAAUAUGAUCAUCCGAUUAUGCCAUUUUCUUUUGAAAAAUGUGAACCUUCAAUGAGCUAUGUUGAUAAAAUGGCCGAAAUAAUAAUUCAGUUUUUUAGAUCAUUUUUCCAAAAUCAUGAAAGUCCGUUGUUUAAGUUUGAAAAACCUGAAUGGGGUUUGAAAUAUUUAUUCUAUCAAUCUAUUAUAAGUAGUUAUAUUUUUAAAAUGUUAAUAAAUUAUGAUAAUUUAAUGGAUUUAAACAAAAACGUUAUAUUUCAUUAUGCGUUGCAAGAUUUUUUCAUGCAUAAAAAGUUCAGUGAAAAUCAUAAGAAUGGGAAUAACACUUUCGAAACGAUCGAAAAAAAUUGUGAUGAAAUUUAUGAGCCUGAUCACAUGGAUAUCCAUAAAAACAGAGAUAAAGGUAAUAAAUAUAAUGUUGAUAAAUUUAUUGAUACACAAAAUAAUUCUAAUGAGGUAAGGGUAGGAACAUACUACGUAAUGUAUAACAAUAUGACAAAUGAAGAAAAAAGAAAUAUAUAUUAUGAAAUAAUAAAUUAUGAAAAAGCAAUGAAAAAAUUAAACUAUAAAAUUAUUGCAGAUUGCAGAUUAUAUAUACUAAGUAGAAUUUCGUAUUUUAUUAACAUGUAUUAUUUGAAUGAAAAAUAUAAAGAUGACAUAAAAAAAUCGUUUUUCAAUUUUAUCCAUCAUAUUAUUAUGAUAUAUAAUAAAUGGUUUGUAUAUGACAAUUAUAAUUGUAAAUAUUUAUUGGAAGAUUUUUUCACAAAUACAUAUGUUGAGUUAUUGAAUAUCGAAUCUGUGCAUAAUUCGUUUGAUAAUAAUUCAGAUUCUAUAAAUCUUACACACAAUUUAAAAAAAGUUGGUACAUUUGUAAAAGAUGAAAAUGUAGUAGAAGGAAACGAAACUAAUAAAUACAACUAUUCAGAUGAUGAUAUAUCAAUAAAAAAUAUGAACAAAAAUAAAAAACAUAACUCUAACGAAAGUAUCAAAAUUAGAGGAAUAUGUGUUCGAGACUUUUUUAUAUUAAUAGAAAACGAAUUUCUUUCUAAUAUACUAAAUGAUAUGUCUGAAAAUAGUUGUUGUAUUAAAUUAAAAAAUAAUAUAAUAUUAGAAGAAAAUGAUUGUAUAAAUGAAUAUGGUGAUAUAUUUAUAGAAUUGUUAAAAAAUAUAACAAAGAGAUUAUUACAUUUUGAAAAUAAUAGUGAAUUUAUGGAAGAUUAUAUAAAUAAUGUUUUAAAAAACACAUUAAUAAUUGUUAAAGAUGAAUUUCGUAAACAUUGGAAUAAUAUUAAUGAUUUAGUUAGUGAAUGUACUACUACUUGUUUGUUAUAUGUUUCUAUAUAUUCUAUAAAUACUUAUUUAUUUAAUUUUAAAUAUAAAAAAUAUAUAAAAGAAAUGAUAUCAAGUUUUGUCUCAUUACAAAAUAAAAUGCUUAGUAACUUUUUAGACGCUUUCUAUCAUUUUAUAUCUAUCCGAAUUUAUAAUUUAUUUACUGCUCAUAAUAUUUUUCAUGAAUAUAUAUUAAAUAAUUUAUAUAAAAUUAAAAAAAUUGUAUUUGAUUAUAUAUUUUUAGAAAUCGCUAAUAAAGUAUUGCAUAAAUUGGACCAAUCUAUUAUAAAUUUUUUAAUAGAUCAAGGAGUUACAUUUUUACACAAUCAAGACACAUUUAAUAUUUUUCUUGGAAAUUCUCAUACUAUUUUACAGCAAAUAGAUGAGUUAAGCAGAACAACAGAAAAUAUUACUAAACUUAGCGACUCUAAUACUUUGUUAUAUUCCAUGCCUUAUUUGCAUGAACUUAUAAAAUUGUUAACAUGUGACACUGAUGUGCUAAAAAAUAAAAUUAACCAUGUCAAAAAUAAAAAAAUGCCAUUACCAAAUAAAAAUAAUUGGAUUAAUCAAGUUACAAAAUUAACUAGCUCACUUCUAAGUGAUACUUAUAAUUGUGACGACAUAAGCGAUGUCUUUAUGUCUCUAGAAAACCGAUCUAAGGAUUUCCAAAUACCUUUAAACAAAAUUAAACUUAUAUUACAGAGACGCCCAGACAUUCAAAUCAUCACUAAAAGUUCCAUCAUCAUACAGGAGUUUUUAGAGCAAUAA